AUGAUUCCGACAAAGUACUGGAGCAGAAAAUUCAUAGUGUCUCCUAUCUUUCCCCAUAACUAUUUCAUUGUGAGAGUAUAUGCAGACCAGGACGGUACUGUAAUACAUUUUUACAACAGCACUAAUCACUUUGCUGAAUACAUGAACCAAGGCUCGCAAGUUGAAAUAUUGUUUGGUUCUGAUCCAGCGGUGAUAAUUUCAAACAAGCCAAUAAAUGUUGUGCAGUAUUGUGUAGAUAACGAAAAUAUGAAUGGCGAUCCAUUCAUGACAAAUGUGCAAGGAAUUGACCAAUUUGUCGACUCGUACACGUUUGUUACUCAGAAAUAUUUUAAUUCUGAAAGUACUGUAGCUAUAACAGUAAAAAGAAACAAUACAAGUGGACUUAGAUUGAAUGGAAAGUCAAUAUCGUCAUGGAGUACUAAGACAGUUCCUGUUCCACAUCCCAUGGACGACCAUGUGGUCAUGUUUGUCAAUAUAUCAUACAACUCAUUGUUUGAACUUCACCACAGGGCCGGAAUAAGAUUUGGAGCUACUUUAUAUGGGUUGCUUUCCACAGAUUUUGCAUAUGGGUAUCCACUGCAAAUGAUGCUCUCAAAUGCAGGUACAGAAUAUGGAAAAAUAUAG